AUGGUGGUCCACCCUGAGAGUAAUUCUCAGGAUGAAAGUCAUAUAGCGCGAGAAGAUGGUGGUAUCGAAGCGCAGACUCAAAAAGGUUCAGGAGUACUUAACGUCGUGAUUUCUGGACUGGCUUUAUUCAGUGAUGGCUACAAUGCACAGAUUACUGACGACUUGCGCUGUGAUUUAGUCGGUUAUAUGGAGCCGCUGUUCUCUGUCCUAUACAAAAGCACGAUGUCUGUAACCAUAAAAUCUCGCCUGUCAAACUCCUUUCUGAUCGGAGAAAUAUUCGGAAUGGUUUUCUUUGGAGCCUUGAUUGAUCGGGUGGGCCGACGAACGGGUGUUGUUGCAGCCACAUCGUUUUUGGUUUUAGGCAUCGCUUUGGCAGCAGCAGCGCAUGGGACAUCCGAGCUGGGUAUGUUUUGGAUGAUGAUAGUUGCCCGUGGCGUGGCUGGCUUUGGGGCCGGUGGUGAAUAUCCGGUUUGCGCUACCAGUGCAACGGAGGCAGCGGACGAGACAGCCAGUCUGCGGCGAAAAAGAGGGUUUCUGGUGGCAUCGACGACCGAUUUUGCAAUUGACCUGGGUUUUGUUUCCGCUGGUAUCGUCGCUCUGAUCGUCCUUGCUUGCUAUCAGCAAGAGGUCCGGGGAGGAGUAUGGCGAGUGUGUUUUGGAAUUGGGUUUGUGCUUCCGCUUGUUAUUUGCUUCUUUCGGAUUCGUAUGAUCAAUUCAACCCAGUACCGGAAACACGCGAUCAAAUCACAAUAUCCGUACUGGCUUAUCUUGAAAAGAUAUUGGAAGCCGAUGCUUGGAACCUCCCUUGCCUGGUUUUUCUACGACUUUGUCACCUAUCCGUUCGGGAUCUUCUCGUCGACCAUCAUCUCCCAGUUGAUGGCGGACAAUUCGACGGUCCAGAAUAUUGGGUACGGGGUAAAUGCAAAGACAUAUCCUCUUUCCGUGAACCAAAUAACGCUAAUUUUAGAUGGGAAGACCGUAAUCAACUGCUUCAACCUUCCUGGUUGUCUCCUGGGCGGACUGCUCAUGGAUAGAAUUGGCCGCAAGCAAAACAUGACCCUGGGAUUCUUGAUCUGGGCUAUUUGGGGUUUUAUCCUCGGCAGCGCUCUGCGUCCCAUCCAGAGCGUCUUCCCGCUAUUCGUCGUGAUGUACGGCAUCUUCAUGGCCCUAGGCGAGAUGGGCCCCGGGGUCUCAACAUUCCUCUGUGCCGCGGAGUCCUUCCCUACGCCUCUGCGAGGCCAUUUCCUGGGUCUGGCCGCCGCAGUGGGCAAAGCCGGAGCGUCAAUCGGAACCGAAGUUUUUACUCCAAUUCAAAACUCCUUCGACUCGACGGCCAAGGGCCAACAAGCAGUGUUUCUGAUCGGUUCUGCAUUCGCCUUGGUGGGCGGACUCAUCGCGUGGUUCUUAAUCCCCGAUAUGUCCCGAGAAUUGGAGACCGAGGAUGCUAGAUUCAAGGCUUAUUUGGAGGAGAAUGGGUACGAUAUUGGUCACUAUGGGGAUGCUUUGCAGUCGGCCGCGCUUCGUCGGAAUGGCACGCUGCAGUCCUGCGAGCCUUGCCGCAAAUCCAAAUUGCGCUGCGACCAUGGAAGACCUGUCUGCGGGCGAUGUAAAACGAAGAACAUCGCUGCUCGUUGUUUCUAUCAUCCUGCGCCCAUGACAAAGCGAACGGUCUCGAGCCGUGCAAGUCCUAUCCCGGCGACGGGAAGACUGAUCAGUCAGUCCAGCUCGAAUGCUUCGAGUCCGGGAUCUGCUAUAGAUGGCCCUCGACUUCGCGCGACGGUGGAAUCCCCGGCAACCCUCCCUGGCUAUCUCGGAUCGACCAGCUUUUCGGCGGUUCUCGCAGAACAUCCGAGUGAGCUGUCGUUUGAACUACCGGCCAACAACGUUGCCUCAGGGUCGUCCACCCGAGUCGUGGACCCCAUCCGAUUCCAAUCGGGCAUUGACAUCCUCAAGCUCCUCAGCGAGCUCUCGAUUUGUGACUCGCUCAUACGGAAGUACUAUUCGCGAAAGUUUUGCGUAGUCAUCCCGGUCGUGAUGAUUGAGGCGAUCAUGCGGUCGGUCCGAGGCAUUCUAGGCGGUUUAGAUUUCACCGGUGCGAUGGAUAGGCAGAUUCACGACCUGGUCCACCAGAUUUUCCAAAAUACUACCCGACCAGUGACGGUGAAUGCUGCCAUGACCGUCGACGACUAUUGUGCCUUGUUCACGGGGCGAAACCUUCGAUGGGAGGCCGUGGGGAUUAUUUUCGCAACCUCGGGCAUCGCGUUGAUGUCCACCCCUGAGACAGACCCAGACGUCGCUCAGGUGGCAGCUGACAGCCGGGCGAGAGAUCGACUGCGGGCACAAAUUGUCGAUGCGAGCUCUACAUGUCUCAGUUUCUGUGAUCAGGUAGCGUCGGUCAGUGAGCUGUUGGGGUUUUGCCAGUACAAUGAUGUGAUGCUGAGGACGCAGCAAUUUGGCGAUUCCAGCUAUCUAGCAUGGCGUCGCCUGGGCGACUUAUCCGCGACCGUGUACGCUGCCGGAGUUCACCAAGACAGUGGUCAGUCCGACGACAGCCCCUUCUUCCUGCGCCAAUGGAGAAGAAUAUUCUUUGCGUCGGCAUUCUAUGCAGAUAAAGCUAUCGCAACAUUUGUGGGGAGGCCUCCCUUGAUCAACUACCGAUAUUGCACCCUGACACCUCCGCUGGACCUCAACGAGGAUAUACUCAUCGCCGGGGGAGACAAUCUCACCCGCGCAAUCUCGGAACUAGAUAUCAACGGAUGGGGAUCGCACAGAAUUAGUUACCGAGCUGCGGUAAUCAGACUUCGAUUUUUACUAGCAACGUUCCGAGAGGAGGCUCUUGAGAUUGCUCUGGGCACCUACGACCAUUGGGAUCUUGUGCAAAAGUCUAAUCAGAUUAUCGAGAAAGCACGAGCGACCUGGGAAGCAGCCCCGGCGUAUCUACGAUUUGAUGCCCAGGCGAAUGAUUCCGAUGCCGAGGCUUUCCCGGCGUCUUUCUCAAUUCUGAAUAUGUACCUGGACUAUCUGUAUUCCGUUUUCCUUCUCCAGAGAUCACUGGUCAAACGCACAAACACCGGACAGGAAGCGUUGUUGGAAACGUCUCGACGGGUUUUAUCUAUCAUCAUCACCGUCACCGCCGACCGAGACCCUAUGUCGGAUAUGAGCAGGCAUUAUUCCUGGCUGAUCCUCUACUACGGACUCCCCAGUGCCAGCGUCCUCACGUUAGAGCUCCUUCAUCAGACCCAGGACGCGGGACCCAGCUCCAUCAAGCUGCCACGCGCUGAGCUCAUCCGGAAUUUGAGUGUCUUCGUGUCCUGUCUUUCUUGGGUAUCACGUCCCAGUCAUGGUAACUAUCAAACGUGUAAGGAGGCCGAAAAGAAACUGUCGCACAUUCUUGAUCAGAUUCUUGACCCGCAACCGAUCCAGCAAGAUAUCUUCAACGAUGCGACAUCCGGGUUGUAUAAUUUUCUAGACUGGUACAACCCUGGAAACUGGGAUUUCAACUCGGAGUAUCUACCCUCAGCCGAUGGUUUUGUUCUUUGA